CGGGCCAGGCUGCCAUUCGGCGCAUGCGCUCCGAGUGCGGGCAGGUCCGGAGACCCAAGGGGAGGGUAAACCCGUCAAAGCGGGCAGGUGCUGGGUGUCCGGCCCGGAGACGAGCAGCCGGGAGUUCGUGUCCUGCAGGACAUGACACACGUGGCACAUCCUGGCCAUGGGGUCCCAGCAUUCCGCCUAUGCUCACCCCUCUUCCUGCAAGCGGAAGAAAGCAGAUGACAGGGAGGAUUUGCUGGCUGAACGUGAGCAGGAAGAAGCCAUUGCUCAGUUCCCAUAUGUGGAGUUUACUGGGCGAGACAGCAUCACCUGUCUUACAUGCCAGGGGACAGGCUACAUUCCAACAGAGCAAGUAAAUGAGUUGGUGGCUUUGAUCCCACACAGUGAUCAGAGAUUGCGUCCUCAGAAAACUAAGCAGUAUGUCCUCCUGUCUGUCCUGCUCUGUCUCCUGGCAUCUGGUUUGGUUGUUUUCUUCCUGUUUCCACAUUCGGUCCUCGUGGAUGAUGAUGGCAUCAAAGUGGUGAAAGUCACGUUUAAUAAGCAGGACUCCCUUGUCAUCCUCGCCAUCACGGCCACUCUGAAAAUCAGGAACUCCAACUUCUACUCUGUGGCAGUGACCAGCCUGUCCAGCCAGGUUCAGUAUAUGAACACCGUGGUUGGGUCAUACGUGACAACUAACGUCUCCCUCAUUCCACCUCGGAGCGAGCAGCUGGUGAAUUUUACCACGAAGGCUGAGAUGGGAGGACCAUUUUCCUACGUAUACUUCUUCUGCACAUUGCCCGAUAUCCUGGUGCACAACAUAGUGGUCUUCAUGCGAACUUCGGUGAAGAUUUCCUACAUUGGCCACGUGACCCAGAGCUCCUUGGAGACACAUCACUAUGUGGAUUGUGGAGCAAAUUCCACAGCUGUUUAGAAACUGCUCUUGGUUCUUCCAGGGCAUCACCUGUCAGAAGAGACACAGCAUCUGUUCCUGGGGCCUGAGCCCUGUACCUACCCCAGGUGAUAGAACCAGAGGAGAAACUGGUUCUCUCAAUCCCCAGCAAACAUCCUCCUGCCACUUGGGAGGAAAACUCCUCUCUGUAGCACGACUUACAUUUCUCAGAUCCAGCAGGAUCACUGCCUUGUGCCUAGCCUAUGCCCAGCAAAUAGUAGGUAUUCAAAGAAGGUUUGAAGAGUUUGAGAUCUUUUCAGCUGUUCUUGGGGCAUUAUAAAUUGAAAUCAUACCAGGGUUCUAGGUUAUCAGAUGAUAGAGUGAUAAGGAAAUAGAACUGUCAGUGCAACUGCAGAACUAUUGUCGGGACCUCAUCCCAGAAGAGGCAGCAGGGAGGAAGCAUUUGAAUACAUUGAAGAAGAAAGCACAGACCAUUCAACGUGUGAAAUUUUUUCAUCUGCUUCCGAAUACCUAGGAAUUUAAUUUUUAGAAAGAAACAACUUUUUUUUUUCCUGUAGGAAGUUAAAAUUGUUUUUACCAAGAGUGUAUGUGGGGUCUGAUUUACCCUUCUUCCAUUGGCCGGAACAUGGAUUGGGGCAUUUGGUAGAAAAAUAAACCCGGCUUUUGAUUCA